AUGCUGAUCAGCAUUUUCCUGGGCCAUAUUAUCCUGUCUUCCAGCAGCAGUGGCCUGCACCACCUCAAAUAUUCGGCCCUGCAGUAUGGCCACAUCUUCAGCCGCAGUGGGCUGCACAACAGCAGCCUCCCUUCAACGGCUAUUAUCCACCCCCAUUCCAGCCACCACUACUACUGCCUCCACAACAUCAACAACAACAUCAGCAUCAGCAUCAUCACCACUAUCAUCAACAACGUCAACAACAGCAUGUGCUUACCGACGAGAAUGCACAGUAUCUUUGCCCAAGGGGAAGCACCCUCUUGGUUGGCAAGAGUUGAAGUCCCAUUACUGACCAUGUGUGACCUGCAGACUGUCGAAGAAGCACAACAAAUCUUGACAGACGUCCAGGCAAACAAUCAACCGAUUGAACUGCAUGGGAUGCGUCUGCGACUUGAAGAGGCCAGGGGAGAAGGCAUCCACCCACAGCCCAUAGUCAAUGGGCCUAUAGCCAAUGGACACACGGCCAACAGACACACGGCCACCAGGCACACAGCCAAUGGACCGACAGUCAACGGACAUGUAGUCCUAGUAGUGAAUGGACACACAGCCACCGGGCACACAGUCCAUGGGUACACAGCCGAACAACCAGCUGCCCCUGCUACCCCCUCUUCUUCAUCUCAAGAAUCGGCUCAGCAGAGUGAGGUUACCCCACCGGCAUCCGAAUAA